AGCACACACACCUCCCUCCCACCUCGGCUGAGUCGCUGCCAAUAUGUGCCAUCCAUCGCGCAGAGUUUCCCAGGUCUCCGUCCUCUCAGUCCCAUGCGGGAGGGGAGGCGAGGAGGGAGGGAGGGAGAGGGUGGUCUGUGAGGCCAGCCGGGGCUCCAGGACGAAGUGGUUGGAGGUGGUGGGACGUGGUUCUGAUUAACGCGUGACGUGGGCGAAUUGCAGCAAUUGCCCAAAGUGUACGUGGAAAGGAGAGAGAGCGGCCAGGGCGCACUGGAUACGGCAGAUUUGGGGCGGGAAGGAGGCGACAGGAGGCAGGGGGUGGGGGGAGACGACAGACAAAAAAGCAUCAGCAACGGGGAGUUGGAUGGAUGCGAGGGGGAUGAGAGCGGGAGGAGAGCGGCUCUAGAAGCGUCAAGGGUCCCGUCAAGAGGUCUGGUGUCUGCACCAAAUCAGCUUCAGGGAUGUAGUCGAAGCGGCUUGGAGCUCAGCCCAUCCGAGCUCAUCAUCAUGAAGAAACACUCCGCAAGGGUUGCCCCGCUGUCCGCCUGCAACAGUCCGGUGCUCACCCUCACCAAAGUGGAAGGAGAAGACCGCACCAGAGAGAAUGUGGUGGGCACCGCAGACGCACAGUCGGCCGUUGCAGGAGGAGCAGAGUCCGGCACCAACAGAAGGAGGCUCCACUGCUGCAUCAGAGUAACAACCGUCCAGGUUCGGAAGGCUCUGUGGGGAGUCGCCAUGGUGAUGUGCGUGUGCUCGUCCUGGGCAGGCUCCACCCAGCUGGCCAAGCUCACCUUCAAGCAGUUCGACGCACCCUUCACCCUCACCUGGUUCGCCACCAGCUGGAACUGCCUCUUCUUCCCCCUCUACUACAUCGGCCACUUGUGCAAAAGUCCGGAGAGGCAAACGCCCAGGCAGAGAUUCAGGGAGUGCUGUCGGUUUUUUGGGGACGACGGGCUGACACCCAAGGUGUUCUUCACCAAGGUGGCUCCCUUUGGCCUGCUGUGGAUCCUCACCAACUACCUGUACCUGCAGGCCCUCAGGAAGAUCAACACAACAGACGUGUCAGCACUGUUCUGUUGUAACAAGGCCUUCGUCUUCCUGCUGUCUUGGAUUGUACUCAGAGACCGCUUCAUGGGGGUCAGGAUAGUAGCUGCUAUCUUGGCCAUAGCAGGCAUCGUAAUGAUGACUUAUGCAGAUGGAUUUCACAGCCACUCGGUCAUCGGCAUCGCUUUGGUCGUGGCCUCUGCUUCGAUGUCAGCGCUUUACAAGGUGCUCUUUAAGAUGGUCCUGGGCAGUGCCAAAUUUGGAGAGGCUGCACUCUUCCUGAGCAUCGUUGGAAGCGCCAACUUUGUUUUCAUCAGCUUCGUGCCGGUCAUCCUGUAUUUUACACAUGUGGAGUACAUUGGCUCGCUUGAAGACAUCCCCUGGGCCUACCUCUGUGGGGUCGCAGCCCUGCUUUUCGCUUUCAACAUCCUGGUGAACUUUGGCAUUGCGAUAACAUACCCAACAUUAAUUUCCCUUGGCAUUGUCCUAAGUGUUCCUGUAAAUGCCAUGGUGGACCUCUAUACGUGUGAAAUCCACUUCAACACGGUGCGCCUCAUCGCUGUGUUCAUCAUUUGCCUGGGUUUCCUCAUGCUGCUGUUACCGGAGGACUGGGAUCAGUGCAUCAUCCAGCUCAGCACGAAGCUGCGCAAACGCGAUGAGCCUGCAGAGGGCAGCGGGGAGGCAGGCGCCACCACAGGGCUCAACUGGAGAGGGAGAGGCAGGACCUCCAUGUCAACAUUUGCACAUUGACUCCAUGAAACAUCACCGUACAGACACACACAGAGGGAGACACUUUAACACAUUUGAUCUGCCUGGUUCCCUGCCUUCUGUCUCGCGCAGCUUUCUGGGUGAAGCAAGCAAAGAAAAAGAGAAACAAAACGAAGACUAUUUUGGACUGCCCUUUGAUCAAUAACAUUUCAACCAAGCGGAGAAGGUCCAGGAGGCACAGAUUGUGUGUCAUUCAUUGGCCGUCCAUUCCACUCUGAAGCUAUCUGAGGUGGUGCAUGGACUCAUAUCAAUUGCGAUCCUUUUUACCCCCCCAAAAUGAUCAGGUAUAACUGAUUGCGUAUUAAUUUUUGCUGUACCUCUUAAUCAUUCCAUCGAUUCAUGACAUCCUUGCGCCUGGGAAGACUUGCCAAUUUGCCUGAUAUUUUUCAAUUACGAGAAAGACACAAAACAAAGAACAUACGUUUUUCAAGGCAGGCCUAACACCUUGUAGACCAGCUGGCUUUAACAUAUACACAUCCACACACCUUUAAGAUCCAAAGAAGAAUGCCUAAAAUGCUGAAUGCCUGAAAACAAAAGGGAAGGCCCACAGCGGGCAUCCCUCAGGCGUAAACUUAAUGACAAAUACCUGCCUUCUGUGCACUGUACAUAGCUAUGUUUCACACCUUUGAUGUCCCGGAGCUGCGGACCUGAUGGGCUCAUCUGGUGUGAAGGGGACCUGUCUGGACGUCUGAGGAUCAAUCUGAGCUGGAGAAGCUUUUACAAUGCCUCUCUCUGUUCAUUCUGAGAGAAGAGGUCAGGUUCUUUUUAACCACGCUGAUUGGCUCCCCGUGGUUAUGCGCAUUCCUGGGGCUAAACUCCUACUCCGUCAAUGCUCACCCAAUGCUCGGGCCCACAGUUUAGUCACGAAAUAUCUAUUCCAGUAUCUCUAUUGCAUUAGAUUACAGUGCAUGGGGUUUGUUUGUCGAAAGGUGCGAGUGCUGUCAGACCAUCCAUAAAGCCCUUGCCUCACCAAGACACCAAUAAUAAACAGCAUUAACAUUUUAUUAACCAGGCUAUAGAGAUAAUACAUGUAUUUAUGCAUUAAUAUUUGAAUAAUCUUAAGAUCUCAUGAAUAAUGCUUCAACCAUUCCAAACUCUGGAUGGGCUCGAAGCUCUACCAGCUUAAAAUAAGAUGGACAGGCUUAAAAAAACCUGGAACUACCCCUUUAAUUCUUUUAAACCAUACCUAUCACUAAACCUCCCUUUGAAUUCCUACCACAUCUCAAGAUUCAUAUGCACACGAACCAAUCUGCGGAAAUUCAAUUUUAUUUCUGGUGGAAAAAAACAGACAGCUCGAUAGAAAACUGUCUCACUGUGGCUUGAGGAAAAAUGCGUCGACACAUGAGAAUGGCUCGCAUUUCUCCAGCUCUUGUCUUUAUCAAAAAAGCAAAAAAAAGUCUUACUGUACCUGUUUUCAUUUGUCACAUUUCUGAGGCAAGUUGACAACCAAGAAGAACCCGAGAGCGACUGAGGCACACGCCUGGUGAAGCGACGGUGUAAACUCUGCCUUGUUGUGAAUGUAUGAACAUCACUCGACCACACACGCUCAAUACAUGCUAUCUGUUUUUUACAGUGCCACCACAGACUGCUGCAGAGAGACUCUUUAAUACUAUCCUUCUUGUACUCAUGUGAAUGAGUUGCAUUUUGUUUUUUGGAACAAACUCUGGAUGCAUCGCACAGGACUUUUUAAAUAUUUUUUGCAUUUUGGUUGCUGACUAACCUCGCGGGGACAGUGGUUGAGACAUCUACAGAACGAGCAUGCACAUUCUGUAUGAGCAGAUACAGCUGAAAAAGUCCACUUCACUGCCUUUUCUUUGUUUUGCAAUAGAGUACAUUAGCACUGUUUCCCAUUGUCAUUCUCUAUGACAAUAAAUAAUAAUAUUGUAUUCCUCUGGAAUUAUUGCUAGACAUAAAUGUAAACCUUUGUAAGGAAUGAUGAUUUUUACACUGAGAUGCAACAUAUGAUUAUCACAUUUGAGGAAGAAAUAUUUAGUGUGAAUAAAAGAUGGGUUUAUUAGAUCUACUGUUGGGUGUCUUCAAGUGUAAUCACAUGUACUAUAUAAAAAAAAAUUUCUUUUCAAUACA